GUGAUCAUCACAUUCAGUGAUCCCAAGAGUUAACCCAAACACUUCAAACAAAACUCUGAAAUCAAUUCAAUAAUAUAAUUAUAUGGGUUCAAUGGCUAGUGAGAACUUCAGCAUUGAGCUUGACCACCUCAAUGCUUCUGCAAAUUACGAUGGCAGAAGAAAGGAGAGAGCUCAAUGGCUUCUUGACUCUCCUCAACCCCCCACUCUAUGCCAAGAACUCAUCACUUCCCUUAAGGCCACUGUUCUCCCAAAUGCAAACACCCUCUCAUCUAAAACCCAGAAAACCCCAUCUGGGUUUGCUGUUUCUUUCCUUCAAGGCCUGUUCCCAAUCCUGAAAUGGGGCAGAAACUACAAGGCAACCAAGUUCAAGAAAGAUUUAAUGGCCGGCCUCACUCUUGCCAGCCUUUGCAUUCCCCAGAUACGAGUGUUGUCCCGCCUUUAAUAUACGCUUUCAUGGGGAGUUCGCGUGAAAUAGCCAUUGGCCCCGUUGCUGUUGUAUCUAUGUUGCUGUCUGCAAUGGUUUCCAAGGUUGUGGAUCCUGCACAGGAUCCUAUUGCUUACAGAAACAUUGUUUUCACUGUCACCUUCUUCGCUGGUAUUUUCCAGGCAGUGUUCGGAUUGUUCAGGUUGGGGUUUCUUGUGGAUUUUCUCUCACACGCUGCCAUAGUGGGGUUCAUGGCGGGUGCAGCCAUUGUAAUUGGUCUCCAGCAGCUCAAGGGGCUGCUGGGGAUCAACCAUUUCACCACCAAGACUGAUGUGGUGUCUGUCUUCAAGGCUGUUUUUAAUUCAUUCCAUGAGCCAUGGUCUCCUUUCAACUUCCUGAUUGGCUGUGCAUUCCUAAUCUUCAUCCUAAUCACAAGAUUCAUUGGCAGAAGGAACAAGAAAAUGUUUUGGUUACCAGCACUUGCUCCUCUUUUAUCUGUCAUAUUAUCCACAUUGAUUGUGUACCUGAGCAAAGCGGACGAACGGGGGGUUAAGAUUGUGAAGCAUUUCAAAGGGGGACUAAAUCCAAGCUCAGUUCAUGAUCUGCAGUUUAACAGUCCUCAUCUUGGGGAAUCUGCAAAAAUAGGACUAAUAUGUGCCAUCAUUGCCCUCACUGAAGCGAUUUCUGUUGGCCGAUCAUUCGCUUCAAUUAAAGGCUACCAGCUUGAUGGCAACAAGGAAAUGCUAGCCAUAGGGUUCAUGAACAUCAUUGGAUCUUUAACUUCUUGCUAUGCUGCCACAGGUUCAUUUUCAAGAACAGCUGUGAAUUUCAGUGCAGGCUGCGAAACCGUCGUCUCAAACAUAGUCAUGGCAGUGACAGUGCUGAUCUCCCUGGAACUGCUGACCAAAUUCAUGUACUACACUCCCUUAGCCAUCCUUGCCUCCAUUAUCCUGUCUGCACUCCCAGGCCUAAUCGAUCUUCGGGGCGCUUACCAUAUCUGGAAGGUGGACAAGAUGGACUUCCUUGUCUGCACUGGUGCCUUCCUUGGAGUGCUGUUUGGAUCAGUGGAAAUCGGGCUUCUUGUCGCGGUUGGGGUUUCAUUUGUUAAGGUUGUUGUGGAUGUGAUUCGACCUAGUAUACAAGUACUAGGAAGGCUUCCUGGGACAGAAAUCUUUUGUGAGAGAGCUCAGUUCCCAGCUGCAACUGCAAUUCCAGGCAUCUUUAUUGUCAGAAUCAAUUCCGGGUCUAUAUGUUUUGCCAAUGCUAACUUCAUUGUAGAAAAGACCCUGAGAUGGGUAGCAGCAGCUAAUGACAUUGAAAAAAACAGCUUGGAGAGGGUUCGUGUUGUGGUCUUGGACAUGUCCAAUGUGACCAACAUUGACACCUCGGGUAUCAUAGCCUUAGAAGAGCUGCAUAAGAAUUUUGUUUCGCAAGGGACCCAGUUAGCAAUGGCGAAUCCAAGGUGGAAGGUGAUAGAGAAACUGAAGGCGGCGGAAUUUGUGAACAAAGUUGGAGGAGGGUGGGUUUUCCUCACGGUGGCGGAUGCGGUGGAGGCUUGCCUUCAUCUCAAAAUGCUUGCUUUCACCAAUCGUUGAUGUCAUGCCUUUAUGCCACUAUAUUAUAUUGCUGUUGGCUUUCUAUUAUUGUCCGGAUUUUGCAGUAAUUUAUUUAAGUAUAUAGUUUUGUUGCACUUAAUUAUAUGAUUGCCAAUAAAUGAUGUAAUUGUGAGAUUUUAAUCUUUGCUAUCAAAGUAAAGAUUAAUAUUUAUCUUCUCCCGGUCAGCUGUCUCAUCUAAUAAAGGUGUCUACAAUUCAGCGAGAAAUUA